CGUCAAACUGCAGUUCUACACGGGGACUCUGGGCGCCGCUGUCGGCCAGUGCAGGGCUAGCGCUGACGCCCGGGAUUCUUGAGCCUCUAGCCUGGGAUUUCCUUGCGCAGCCACCAACACAGAGAAGGAAAUCCGUUUAAACACUGGGACUCCUGUCCGCGCAGACUCGCCCCAGCACAAACGGAUUCCCAGCUUCGUCUGUCCUGGGCCGAAUGCUCUUCCAGUGACGCUGUGGUUUGCAGUUUCUUCAGCUUUCCAGAAAGACUGGGACCCAACGAGAAUUCGAGCGCACAAUGGGAGGGAGCUGCGCGCAGAGACGCGGAACUGGCCGGCUGCAGGUACUGUUUCCCUUCCUGCUGCUUUUGUUCUACCGCGCGUUCUGCGAGCCCAUCCGAUAUUCGAUUCCCGAGGAGCUGGCCAAGGGCUCGGUAGUAGGGAACCUCGCCAAGGAUCUAGGGCUCAAUGUCCAGGAGGUGUCCUCUCGGAAGCUACGAGUUAGCGCGGAGAAGCUGCUUUUCAGUAUAGACGCGGAGAGCGGGAACUUACUUGUGAAGGACCGAAUAGAUCGUGAGCAGAUUUGCAAAGAGAGAAGAAGAUGUGAGUUACAGUUGGAGGCUGUGGUGGAAAAUCCCUUAAAUAUUUUUCAUAUCAUUGUGAAUGUUGAGGAUACUAAUGACCAUGCCCCUCAAUUCGAUAAAAAGGACAUACGUUUAGAAAUUUUUGAAUCUGUAUCCACAGGUGCACGAAUAUCCCUUGACCCUGCCACUGACCCCGAUAUAAACAUAAACUCAAUUAAAGAUUAUCAGAUAAAUCCUAACCCUUAUUUCAAAUUAAUGGUUAGAGUUAAUUCCGAUGGUGGCCAAUACCCAGAGUUAUCUUUGGAGAAACCCCUAGACCGGGAAGAGCAGCGGUCUCAUCGCUUGAUAUUAACUGCCUUGGACGGAGGGGACCCGCCACGAAGUGCCACAGUUAGAAUAGAAAUUUUUGUGAAAGAUAUCAAUGACAACCCUCCGGUGUUUAGCAAAGAAGAAUAUAGAGUCACUGUAAGUGAAAAUCUGCCCCCUGGGUCCUCUGUGUUGCAGGUGACAGCCACUGAUAAGGAUGAGGGGGUCAAUGCCGAAAUAAACUACUACUUCAGGAGCACUGCUCAGAGUACGAGGCACAUGUUCUCACUGGAUGAGAAAACAGGCAUGAUUAAGAAUAACCAAUCAUUGGAUUUUGAGGAUAUGGAAAGAUAUACUAUGGAAGUGGAAGCAAAGGACGGAGGGGGUCUCUCUACCCAUUGUAAAGUAAUCAUAGAAAUCCUAGAUGAAAACGACAACAGCCCAGAAAUAAUAAUCACUUCUCUUUCUGAUGAGAUUUUGGAGGAUUCCCGUUCAGGAAUGGUUGUUGCCCUCUUCAAAACACGGGACCCGGAUUUCGGAGGAAAUGGAGAGGUCAUAUGUGAUAUAGAAAGAGAUGUUCCUUUCAAGAUUUACUCCUCUUCUAAUAAGUACUACAAGUUGGUGACAGAUGGAGCCCUAGACCGAGAACGGACCCCAGAAUACAAUGUCACCAUCACAGCCGUUGACAGGGGCAAGCCGCCCCUCUCCUCCAGCACAACCAUCACCCUGCGCAUCACCGAUGUCAACGACAAUGCUCCGGUUUUCCAACAGUCCGCCUACCUGGUCCAUGUGCCAGAAAACAACCCCCCAGGGGCCUCCAUAGCUCAGGUCAGCGCCUCCGACCCCGACCUGGGACCCAAUGGCCACGUCUCCUACGCCAUCGUGGCCAGCGACCUGGAGCCACGGGCGUUGUCGUCCUACGUGUCCGUGAGCGCGCAGAGCGGGGUGGUGUUCGCGCAGCGCGCCUUCGACCACGAGCAGCUGCGCGCCUUCGAGCUGACUCUGCAGGCCCGCGACCAGGGCUCGCCCGCGCUCAGCGCCAACGUGAGCCUGCGCGUGUUGGUGGGCGACCGCAACGACAACGCGCCAAGGGUGCUGUACCCGGCGCUGGGGCCCGACGGCUCGGCGCUCUUCGACACCGUGCCACGCGCAGCGCAACCAGGCUACCUGGUCACUAAGGUGGUGGCGGUGGACGCGGACUCAGGACACAAUGCUUGGCUGUCCUACCACGUGCUGCAGGCCAGUGAGCCUGGACUGUUCAGCCUGGGGCUGCGCACGGGCGAGGUGCGCACAGCGCGAGUUUUGGGCGAAAGGGACGCGGCCCGCCAGCGCCUGCUGGUCGCUGUGCGUGAUGGGGGACAGCCGCCCCUCUCUGCCACCGCCACUCUGCUCCUGGUCUUUGCGGACAGCCUACAAGAGGUACUGCCGGAUCUCAGCGACCUUCCCGCACCCUCUGACCCCCAGGCUGAGCUGCAGUUUUAUCUGGUGGUGGCCCUGGCCUUGAUCUCCGUGCUUUUCCUCCUCGCGGUGAUUCUGGCGGUCUCCCUGCACUUUCGUCGCUCCUCCAACCCCUCCGUUUGGGGCUGCUUUCAUCCUGGUCUCUGCUCCAAGUCUAGACCUGUGGUUCCACCCAACUACAGUGAGGGAACACUGCCCUAUUCCUACAAUCUGUGCGUUGCCCAGGGUGGAAAGACAGAGUUUAAUUUCCUAAAAUGUAGUGAGCCCUUGCAUUCAACUCAAGACAUAGUUUGCGGCGAUUCUUCUGGGGCCUUAAUUCCUUUUCAGAGUGGGAAUGAUUUGACUCCACAUCCUGAGACCCUAACACCGCAAGCCCCACCCAACACGGACUGGCGUUUCUCUCAGGCCCAGAGACCUGGCACCAGCGGCUCCCAAAAUGGCGAUGAGACCGGCACCUGGCCCAACAACCAGUUUGACACAGAGAUGCUGCAAGCCAUGAUCUUGGCCUCCGCCAGCGAAGCCGCUGAUGGGAGCUCCACCCUGGGAGGGGGUGCUGGCACCAUGGGCUUGAGUGCCCGCUAUGGGCCCCAGUUCACCCUGCAGCACGUGCCUGACUACCGCCAGAAUGUCUACAUCCCGGGCAGCAAUGCCACACUGACCAACGCAGCGGGCAAACGGGAUGGCAAGGCCCCUGCAGGUGGCAACGGCAACAAGAAGAAGUCAGGCAAGAAGGAGAAGAAGUAAUGUGGAGGCCAGGCCCAGAGCCAGCUGGCCACCUCCCCCCAGCCAGCCCAGCCUCUCCCUACCUGAACCCGGGACUGGGAUUUUCAGGGCUCACCCCCAGGAUCCUGGUGGGGCCCAGGCCAUGCUCCCCUUGGGAAACAGAAACAAGUGCCCAGUCAACACCCCCCUCUCUGCCCCCAGGGGAUUGAAUAUGCAAAGGGAGUUCUGCUGGGAACCCCUAUCCAAUCAAUUGCUGUGCCCAUGGGGGUAGUGGGGUUAGUGUAGACAUCAUUUAUCAUGCCCGCUUUAGUUACAGCUGAAUCCCUUCAUCUUCCAAAUUCAAUCAGGCCCAACCAUCCCCUGCCCCGCCUACCCAUGGCACCCCACCCCACUCCUCUAACAGCUCCUCUUUCUUGAGUAAGGUGGCUGGGGUGUGGAGGUACCUGGUGACCUAAAAAAGCUCAUAGUUCUGAAGAGCUGAAAGGGCAUCAUUACCUCUUGGCUGCUCCUUCAUUUCUCAAACUUCCCCCAAAGUAUGGUUUGGUGUCAGUUCCUUCACCUCCUUCAGAACCUGAGUCCAAGCUCAAGUUUUGGGAGACAUGGUCACCAUUCCAUGGUACUGAUGCUUGCUGGAUUUAGGGAGGGCAUUUUGCUACCAUGCCUCUUCCCAAUGUUCUAGGGACCAGUUUUUUGUUUCGUUUUGUUUUUCAUUGUUUGAUGUUUUCACUGCAUGCUGUGACUGCCUCCUCCCCAAACAGAGACUACAUUGCAUGUUCCAAGACAGUAUGUGGUGGUAAGAGAAAGAAGGGAAGGGUGUGUAUGUGGGUGGGGGAUGAACAGAUAUUGACCCAUCAGUUAACAGGGUCUUGCAGGAGGCUCUGUAUGUCCCCAGGAUACUGACCAGAUCCCCAAAUUCCAGCCAUAAACCAAGCACCAGGCUAGACCCUCAUCUACCACAUACAGGGCUCCACCCAAGAGGCCAGCUUUGGGCGGAGCUACCAGCACCAACGGAUGGAAACUGGCAUUGCAAUCCAAGGAAGGUCUGAGCAGGUUUGGGACCAGGUUCCCUGGAGAGGUCAGAGGGGCCUCUGGGUGCUGGGUACUCCAGAGGUGCUGCUAGUGGAAGGAUCAGUGAGUGUGCCCUCCCCACUCCCAGCAGGAAGAGGGGGCCAGCUAGGCCAUUCUUGGUCCCUGGAUUGGGGAGGCAAGGCAAUAGAGUAGGGACCAAGUGGACAGAAAGUCUCGGCCCAGGAUCAGGCUUCUCCAUGGGGCCCAGCAUUCCAGGAGCCUUGGUCCUUCACCUUGCCAGGUGCCAUUUCUUCUCUGUGAAGGCCACUGCCCAGGCCCUUAUUCCGCCCCCUAGUGGCCAGAGCCUGGUUAAAGUCCCCAGUGCCUCCUUGUGCAUAAACCUUCCUGUGCCCACCUACUUCUGCCCCCCAGAGUCCCGUUCAUCCAGCGGGGCUGCUCGAGAACCCACCCUAGUCCUUACAGUAGUGUAGAGACCCCCUUCCCUCUUUUGGCUGGUGUAGAAUAGCCAAUAGUGUAGUGCGGUGUGCUUUUCCGUGAUGGCGAGUGGGCAGCGGGCGGCGGGCUCCGCGCAGCCGUCUGUCCUUGAAUCUGCCUGCGGCGGCCCGUGCUGUGUUUUGUGCUGUGUCCACGCACUGCGGCGACCCCCCUCCCCGGUACUGACUUCUAUAAGCGCUUCUCUUUGCAUAGUCACGUAGCUCUCCCCCCUUUCCCAUGUCUCACGCAAGUUUUAUACUCUAAUAUUUAUAUGGCUUUUUUUCUUUGAAAAAAAAAUAAAUAAAAAGGUUUCUUCUGAAA